AUGUCCCAACCAUUGACCCUCCUCUCGAACGCGAUUGCCCUCUCCAUCGCAAUCCUCUACACCCUGGCCGGCCAAGCCCACUACACCGACCGCUUCACGCCUGAUCUGGCCGCGAACGUUGAUACCAUGACGCCGAACUCUCAUCGCGCGUUCUGGUUCCUUCACCUUACGUAUCCUCAGAUCCAGGCACUGUUCGGUGCGUUCGACCUCAUCGCUGCGGCUUGUCUGUACAGACCAUCGACGCGCAACAUUGGGCUAGCGCUUGCGAUUUUUGGGUUUGGUGGAGGCUUGUAUGGGCAGUGGUACAAUGACGCGGAGAUGGGCAUGGUCGGAGCAAUGACUGGACUGGCUGUUUUGGGGUGGUUGACGGCGCCGAGGAGAUCGUAG